GCAAAACACUCGCCGUCGAGCGCACAUGCGCAGUCCCGUUUGAUGGUUUUGAGAACGCCACCAGCCGGAACCCGAUCGGGGGUUCGCGAAGCAGAGGAUGACAUUCGAAUUUUACAACAAACAUGUCGUUCUUCAAUAAAGCCGACUACUUUAGCCCUACGCCUUUUUGGCAAAAUGGCCCGGCACCAGGUGCAAUUUACAAUUUCCCAGGGCCUACCGCGAGCUCCGGUACGAAUGGCAUGCAGAGAACACAAUCCCCGAUGACCACGGGUACAUCGGUCAUAGGACUGCAGUUCAAGGAUGGAAUUGUCAUCGCGGCUGAUGUCUUGGCCUCAUACGGUUCCCUAGCCAGAUUCAGGAACUGUGAACGUGUUAUUAAAGUGAACGACAAUAUCAUUCUUGGUGCUGGUGGUGACUACGCUGAUUACCAGUAUCUCAGAAGUAUUAUAGAGCAGAAGAUCCUGGAUGAAAGAUGUCUGGAUGAUGGUUUCACUCUCAAACCAAAGUCUCUCCAUUGCUGGUUGACCAGAGUUAUGUACAACAAGAGAUCAAAGUUUGAUCCCCUGUGGAAUAACUUCAUCAUUGGUGGCAUUGAAGAUGACAAAUUAUUUUUAGGAACAGUUGAUAAAUUAGGAACGGCAUUUACUGAUCCUGUGAUUGCCACCGGUUACGGUGCAUACAUGGCUUCACCACUUCUGAACAAAGCUUAUGAAGCUAACCCAGAGAUGACUGAGCAAGAAGCCACAGAUCUUAUUUACAAAGCUAUGCAAGUACUUUUCUACCGAGAUGCAAGGUCUUUCCCCAAGUACCACCUUGGAGUCAUCACAAAAGAGAAAGGAGUAGAAAUCAAAGGUCCAAUCACCAUUGAUCAUAAUUGGGAGGUGUCUACAAUGGGAAGAGAUUACGAUUAAUUCAAAUUUAAAGUUAUUUAACUAUAAGCCGACUUUAAGUUGUUUUUCAUAAAUAAAAUUUCAAUAUACUGAUUCGUGAAACAAGCAUUUUAUUAAACAUUGAAUAAAUAUUCCAGACUCUUUGUACUUAA